CGCCUUAGUCUCCUCAGCCGGGAGAGAUGGGCCGCCUGCCCCUGCUGCUGCUCUGGGGACUGCCCCACAUCUGGGGGAGUUCUGAGGCCCCGCCAGGGGCGUUCCCGCUCCGCUGUCUGCAGAUCUCCUCCUUCGGCAACAGCAGCUGGUCGCGCACGGAUGGCUCGACGUGGCUGGGGGAGAUGCGGAUACACACGUGGAGCCACGACUCAGACACCAUCCGCUUCCUGAGGCCCUGGGCGCGGGGCCGGUUCACUGACAAGCAGUGGGAAAGGCUGCAGCAACUGUUUCGGGUUUAUCGAAGCAGCUUCUCCAGGGACGUGCAGGAGUUCGUCAAACUGGUGCAAACAGACUAUCCCUUUGAGAUCCAGCUGGCCGGUGGAUGUGAGGUGCACCCUGGGAGCACCCCGGAAAGCUUCAUCCACGUAGCAUUUCAAGGAAGCGAUAUCAUGGGUUUCCGAGGAACUGCUUGGGUGGCAGCCCCAGAUGCCCCGCAGUGGGUGGGAAAGAUCCUCCAAGUGCUCAACCAUGACCUCGGGACCAGGGCAACAGUCCAGUGGCUCCUCAAUGAGACCUGCCCUCAGUUUACCAGAGGCAUCCUUGAGGCCGGGAAGUCAGAGCUGGAGAAGCAAGUGAAGCCUGAGGCCUGGCUGACAGGUGCCCCCAUCCCUGGAUCAGACCACCUGCUGCUAGUGUGCCAUGUCUCAGGAUUCUACCCAAAGCCAGCGUGGGCCAUGUGGAUGCUGGGUGGGCAGGAACAGCCUGCUCAGCAAGGGGACAUGCUGCCCAACACAGACGGGACAUGGUAUCUCCGAGUCACCCUGGACGUGGCAGCUGGGCAGGCGGCUGGACUGACUUGUCACGUGAAGCACAGCAGUCUCGGAGACCAGGACAUCAUCCUCCACUGGGAGGGGAGACACACCUCCACCGCUGGGACAGUUUUGGGGUUGCUGGUGUUGCUCCUUCUGAUUGGUGGAGGCUUAGCCUUCUGGCUUAGGAAUCGCUGUUUCUAUCAAGACCUCCUGUGACUUUUCUGGGUAUACCUGUCUCUCUGAGGAAUGCAGGAUAAUCUCAAGUUCCCAGAACUUCAGAGCUCAUGAAUUGAGGGUGACAGAGAGGUACCGUCGAGAAGCAGAGAACAGUCACAAGGCAGCUCUUACCACACUGUGAAGUUUGAAAAACAAAAACCUCUGCCCAGGCUCUAUUUCCCUUUUGAACCACAACAGCGUUUCCCAUUCACGGACAAUCCUCUCGCAUACAUGACUAGUGUCCAGGGUUGCUGCUUCCUCCUCCAGCAUCCUCUCUGGCCAUCUGCUUUCUGCACCCCUUUCUUCCUGAAAGUAAUUGCUCCUCCAUCAGGCCCUCUAAUCUCCCUUAGGUUGUGGCAGGAAACUUCUUUCUCCAGUCCAUCCCAUAUAACGCUGCUGUGCUAAUCAUCCUAAACACACAUGUCUUCCCUGACUCUCCCCCAUCAACCUGGUAAAGGCCAGAAUCCUAAAGGCAGCUUUUGUAAUUAUUAUGCUCCAAUGACAACCUUCUCCACUUGUUAUUUUGUAAAUGCUCAUGCUCUUCUCUUUCAAGAAUUGCUCUGGCCUGUAGACUUCUUACUCUUCUUCGAUGUUCAGCUUUCAUGAAAAGUUUUAUGAGCCAUCAAGAACUAACCUAUUUCUGUGUUGUCCAUGCCUCAUAACAUUUUUAUCAGUGUUGCUCAACAGUUUUUUUUAUUACAACAAAAUUAAUUGAUGUAUGAUUUUAUUAACCUCAAAAAGAUAAUGAGCUAGUAAAACCACAAACAGGAUUUAUUCACAAAACAACAGAAGAAUCGAGCAGUUUCGAGAGUCAAGUGCACUCUGACUUCUCUUCCUGGACCCUCAGACAACCCGCACCAUCACUCCUCAGGAAGGAAACAGUGGGAGUGUGCAGGCCAUUAUGGGUUCUGUCAUUUGCAAACCUGCACAGGUGGUUUACUCUCUUGCCUUCCUACCUCAUUUAAAUAAAGUUCUGAAUAGUAAUGUUGAUAGUUCUACCUCUGAUUAGGAUCUUUGUCUAAAAGCAUCACAGAUCCACACUUAUGUAUAUGCCAGCAUCAGGGCCUCUUGUCCCUCAGUGCCUAUAAGGAACUUCUUGAGUGUUACGUGCAAAGCCUAUGCCUUGCUGAAUCAUCUUGGAGAUUGUCUUGAUCUACUGCUCCAGCAUCAACUCUUCUAGCGUGUUGUUUCUACGAGCUUUAUAGACAAAAGUUCAGAGAUUGGCAAUACGCACAAAAAGGGGAAAAUUUCAACAUUAUAAUCCCUGUUUGUAUCAUGACUAUACACCAGAAACCAAAACUGAAAAGUCAGUUGAUAAGUAGAUCAAAAAUGCCAAAGGUUAUUUGGUGCCUUUGCUAUAAUCAAACAUGCUGUCUCUAAGUUUUAUGUAAUUAAAGAUCUACUUCUCAGAGGCAACAAGCCACAUGUCAGGAGAUAUUGCAGAUAGUGCCAUCUAUCUCUUUGUUAGCACAUAGAUGACCAGGAGACCACACUGUCAUUUUAUUUCAGCUUUUGAGUUAAAAGACAGGUUGUUGAGCUGAGAAAUGUUUUGACUGUAGAAAUUUUGUUGAUUUUUCUAACUUAAAAAAUCUUAAACAGUUAGAAGGGUUUCUCCCUCAUAUAAUUCAUUAGGAGUUGUGGACAGCAUUCUUUGUUCAAGGGAAACUGAGAAAAAAACACUUGACAUGAAGAGUGAAUAAUGAGAAAAAUGUGUACAUGCCUAGUUUGGUCAGUUUGAGAAGGCUGUCUUCUAGAAUGCUGUCUGCCUCAACUUCCUGAAAAUCUUCAUCUUCAUGCCAGCAAGUGGUGUGCAAGCCCAGGCAGGAGGUAGUGCUUUCUUCAGGUGUGUCACCAAAACCCAAGGAUAUAUUCCCUGAAAUUUGCUGACAAUUGUUUGUCAGCAGCACUGGAUACAUCCUUUCCAGCAAUGCUGAAGAGGAUUUUUGUGAGGGUGUUUUUUCCAAUAAAGGAAAUAUCCAGAUUGUAAUUGCAAUUGUAUAUUGAUUAGGUUGUCUCUCCUUGGAGUGUUUUGUGAAAAGAUUGCUGCACCAGAGUAUGGUUAUUCUUAGCAGAGGCAAUUAGACCCUUACAGUGUUGAAAUAUAUCCUCGAUUAAUUUAGGAUCAAAACAGGGAAGGCCUAGGUACAUAGGGUGCAUUGUACCUUGACUAUCUCAGAAAGUCAAAGUUUUAUAGUUUGUGAAUUCCAAAAGGUGUGGAUCUGAGGUUUGGAAGUACCAUAGACAAUGCUUUUGGCGAAGGUAUUUCUAUGAAUUGGGCUAAUUUAGUUUUAAUAGUGCUGUUGGUGUGUUCCACUAAACCAGAAAAUUGAAGAUGACAGAGACAAUGAAAAUGUUGUAACACUGGCUAAAGAGCACAGACUUGAUGGAGCACCUGACCAAUCACUGUGGUGUUCAAGAAGAAUUUCUUAGGUAGGCAUCAUCUUUUCCAAAAGGACCUUGGCCACAAAAGAGGCAGUAACCUGUUUGCAAGGGAAAACAUCAGUCCAAUGGGAACACAUACAGAUCAUAAUGAAAUCGUAUUUCUAUCUAUGAGACAGAAACCCAAUUGCCACACCUCAAAUGGGCCCUGGGGCAACGUCAAGUGUCCAGGAGCUAUGGGAACGGAUUCCCUAGGUUGUAUUAUGGGCAGAUGGGACAAGUAGGUAGUUUUGCAGCUUUAUUAAUACUUCCCCACAAAUAUCAAUCCACAAAUGCUAUCAAUUUUAGGUGGACCAGUAGUUAAGUACAUUUUCUGUAGCCAGGAGAGGGUGUUGAAAAAUCUCUGGUAGGACUAAGUUGCUGCAUGGUCCAAACCAGUGUUUUCUCCUAGUUGUCAUGCCAAUGGUUAUUUAAUUUAUACUCUGGGUUUUCCUUUUCUGAGGCAGCUUUCCUCACAGAAACAGCAAGAUGAUCCAGCAAUUCCACUCCUAGGUAUUUACCCAAAGGACACAGAAACAUUAAUUAAAAAGGGCACCUGCAUCCCUGUGUUUAUAGCAGCACUAUUUACAAUAGCUAAGCUUUGGAAACAACCCAAAUGCCCAGAAAUAGAUGACUGGAUCAAGAAGAUGUGGUACAUAUACAUCAUGGAAUAUUACUCAGCAUUCAAAAGAGAUAAACACAUGCAAUGUGCAGCAACAUGGAGGGAGCUGGAAGGAUCAUGCUCAGUGAAAUAAGCCAGAAAGAAAAAGAAAAAUACUGGAUUGUCUCACUCAUACAGGAAUCUAGAAAACCUAAAUAAGGGACCAGGAAAAAGAAUAAUUAUAAGAAAGAAAAAAAUCAAAAUCAACAAACAACUACGAA